AUGGGCAAAGUCGAGCAGUCACACAUUUCUCAGCGAGAGACAACCAGCGGCGAAAGCAGCUCAUCGCCUGACUCUCCAGGUGCGUCACUCGAAGACCGGGCUCGAGGCCUUCUCUCGUCGACCCGGACACUAUCACGGAUCUCGACAACCUCGACCGUCGAAUAUAAAGUAUAUAAACGACGCUUCUUCGGCCUGGCGCAGUUAGUGCUGUUGAACAUUGUGGUUUCGUGGGACUGGAUCGCAUUUGCGCCCGUUUCCAAAACCUCGGCGACGUACUUUGGCACGACCGAGGCCAACAUCAACUGGGUUUCGACGGCGUUUCUCUUCGCCUUCUGCGUAACCACCCCGCCUACCUUUUAUGUUCUGCACAAGUACGGCACAAAGACUGCCAUCAUCAUUGCCGCCUCGUUGGUGCUGGUGGGGAACUGGGUCAAAUAUGGCGCGACCAGGGCAAACAACUUCGGCGGCGUCAUGUUCGGCCAGUUGAUCAUCGGCUUUGCGCAGCCGUUCGUCCUUUCGUCGCCCACGACCUAUUCAAACCUCUGGUUCAGCCCUGCGGGACGUACCACCGCGACGGCGUUAGCAUCGUUGUCGAACCCCUUUGGCGCAGCGCUGGGCCAGCUCAUCUCACCUUUCUGGGCAGAUGAACCAAAUGAGAUCCCCAAUAUGAUCUUGUACAUCUCCAUCAUCUCCUCGGUGGCGAGCGUGCCGGCCUUUUUCAUCCCAUCGCGACCACCAUCUCCACCAUCGGCGGGUUCGGUAGCGGACCACAUGGACCGCACAUCGUUGCGCCAUGAUUUCCGCGUUCUGUCCCGCUCAACCGAGUUCUACCUCCUUUUCCUCCCCUUCAUCUUUUACGUGGGCUUCUUCAACGCCUUUUCAUCCCUGCUCAAUCAAAUCUUCGAGCCGUACGGCUUCAGCGAGACCAACGCCGGUAUCGCCGGAGCCGUCUUGAUCGUGGUCGGCCUCGUCUGCGCGGCCAUUUCGAGCCCCAUCAUCGACAAGUACAAGUGCUACCUGGCCUACGUCAAGGUGGCCAUCCCUGUGCUGGCGAUCUGCUAUAUAGUGGUCAUCUGGGCGCCGCAAUCCCGCUCGUUAGCGUACGUCUUUGUCAUCUGCGCUAUCCUCGGGGCGGCGAGUUUCGGCCUCGUCCCUGUGGCGCUGGAGUUCCUUGUCGAAAUCCACUAUCCUCUGGGACCCGAGUUGGGAAGCUCCCUCUGCUGGUGCGGCGGCCAGAUUCUGGGCGGCAUCUUCAUCGUCGUCAUGAACGCGCUGAAGGCCGGCCCCGACGCCGACCCACCACAGAACAUGAAACAGGCACUGAUCUUUCAAGCUGUGCUGGCCGCGCUGGUUAUGCCGGCUCCUCUAUGCCUGGGCUUAUUUGGCCGACAGGCCCGUGUGAGAAGGAAGCGGUGGGAAGCUGAUCGCGCCACCGCAGACGAGGUCGUGCAAGGCUACGUCGACAGAAUUGAGGACGAUGAUGAUGAGCAGAGAUUGCGUGCGCAGGGGCAGGAUCCCGGGUCUGCGUGA